AUGGUGCUGCUCACAAUGACCCGGCCCAUCGUGGACGGUAUACGGAAACUCCAACAGGUCCGAGCAAGCGACGACGAGCGGCUGGACACGGAGGCACCCGAUAGCAGCAGCCGACGGCAGAGCCACGAUGAGCCCACUCUUCAACAGCCCGCCGUCGGCAACCCCAUAUCGCACGGCCAGGUCAUCGAUCUGUGGAGAAAGCUGCAGCCGGGCGAUGAUGCCUCCUGCAGCUUGGAGCAGUUGCUGCGCGGCUCGCGCGUCUACGCGCCCCCCGCGCCUCCCAAAACCCAACCGACCGAAGAAUACAAGGCGCUCAUGUCUCGCCUACGCCGCGAGGAAGCCCAGCGAGCCUACGAGCGCAUGGUGAAUCCGCCCCCGAAAAUCGAGACCUUUGGCGAUCGAUUCCCGACGUCGGCGCAGGCCGCCUUUUCCCAGGUAAACCGGCCGGUCAAGGCGUCGGACCUCGGCGACGACGAGGUGACGUUGAGGGACGUCCACCGCCAGGUCAUGCUCAUCGUGAACUUUCUCGUCAGCAUUCUGGGCGUCGCCGGCACGCUAUGGGUGACGGCAAGAUGGUGGAGCUUGCCGGCCAGGGUGCUCCUCACGUUGGGCGGAAGCCUGGUGGUGGCUGUUGCAGAAGUCGCAGUCUAUUCGAGCUACGUGUGGAGGAUGGACAAGGCGCACCACAGGCAAAAAGCCGCCGAGGAGGUCAAGCAGGUUGUCAACACGUGGAUAGUUGGUCAGGACGGUAGCCAGACGGACGCGGAGACGGUUCUGUUGCCGGGCAUGGAGAGCAAGGCAGAUGGCACACUGAGGAAACGAAUAACGGCUGCAUUGAGCGAGUCGGAGAUGAGUGCGGAGCACAAGGAGGGAUAG